CCUAAUCUGUAUCCUAUUUUUCUUGUUACAAUAAUUAUUAUGUUCAUAUUAAACACGUAAAUUUCGAGUUGUAAACAGUACAUUUUAAAGCAAAUUUGAAUAGUGCUCUACAUUAGGUGCUUUGGCAAAAGUUUUAGGCACCGUCUAAAGUGUCAAAAUGGCAAAUAUUCCGGAAUGUCCGCCCAGCCUGAAGUCCAUCCAGCACUAUUUGAAGGUAGCUACAGAACAUGAGACGAGGGAUCCAGUGAUUGCCUACUGGUGCAGGCUACAUGCCUUACAAGUUGGCCUUAAAGCAACUACAAAGAAAACUCCAGAAGAAACUAAGGUUUUAAUGGCACUAAUGGACUGGUUAGAAGAAGCCAAGAAGAGCAUGAAAGACAAUGAAGCCAUCAGCAACGAGGUGGCCGGGCAGGCCCAUCUGGAGAACUAUGCUUUAAGGCUGUUUCUAUUUGCUGACAAGGCGGACAGAGAACAGAAUUAUGGAAAGAACAUGAUUAAAGCAUUUUACACAGCUGGCAUGAUCUAUGAUGUGCUGACAACGUUCGGAGACCUGACUGACGAAGCUGCCCAGAACAGGAAGUAUGCUAAAUGGAAGGCGGCCUACAUCCACAACUGCUUGAAGAAUGGAGAAGAACCUGUCCCAGGUCCAAUUCAACAAGAAGGAGAACAAGACGAUUCAGAAGACGACGCACCGGCUUCCGACCCCGCACCGGCCCCGGAGUCCCCGUCAGCUUCGGGUUAUCCGCAGGCGCCCGGCUUCUCUCAGCUGCCCGCCGUGCCCGGCGCCUCGCCCGCGCCCGCGCCCGCGCCCGCCACGCCGCCGCAGGCUCCGAGCGGCCUCGGCGGCGCGCUGCCCGACCCCGCGCUCGCCAUGCGCGCCGCCGACCGCCUGCCGCCCGUGCCCUACACGCCCGACCCCAACCCCGGCGGCUUCGUGCCCUACGACCCCGCCGCGCAACCCGCGCCCGCCGUCGCCGGCCUGUACGGGGACAACACCUCCGCCGCCCGGCUCACCCCCGACCAGAUCGCCAAAGCCCAGAAGUACUGCAAGUGGGCGAGCAGCGCGCUCAACUACGAGGACACGAAGACGGCCAUCGCCAACCUCAAGAACGCCCUGGAGCUGCUGCAGACGGGGAGGGACCCGGCUUGAGGCUUUCAAACUUUUUUUUUAUUCGCUGAACACUUACGAAAUCCAGGCGACGCAGGUGAUAUUAAUUACGUUAUGUUGAUCUGUUGCAAUCUAGAGUUCUCCGGGCCGAUUUGUGAUAUGUUAUGUUACUAUUUUUUUACACGGUGAAAUACAAUCUAUAAUUUUUAGCUAUCUGCGUUAUUUAUUACUAAUUUUGAUGUGUAACAAAAUUACAUAAAUUUCGCUGAAUAUAAAUUUGAAAACGUACCAUACCACAAAUUGGUAUCAGGCGCACUUCGCCUUAAAUUUGCAUGUUACUUUUAUAUCUAUAUAUAUAUUGAUUAUUGAAGAACACUGAAAACACUUGUAUAUAAUUUAAAAUACAGUACUCGCAUUAAAUAAGUACCCACUUAAGAUAAGGAUUAAGCCUUACACAAGAUCUUAUAUAAAAAAUGUGAUUACACUAAAACAGCUUUAAUCA